AUGAACUUUACUAUAUAAAUUUGUUUUGGUUAAUGUUCUUAUAUAGGCUUUGCCAUUUGGUAUUACCAGCAUCGAAGCUAAAAAACCAAAACAAACAAGAAAUGCAUAGCUCGGAAGCUCUCUUGCCCGUAACCUCCCAACAAGAUCCAUUAUCCAAAUCAAGAUCAGACACCAUCCCCGACACCAGUUGGAGACGACACAUCAAACUUCAUAUUGCCGUCUUUUCCAGUUUGAUAUUGAUAGCUUUGUACGUAACUCACAUCGUCACACACGAGGGUUCCAAUGAUGAAACAGCGACGGAGUCACGUGCUAGUUUGGCUGGAGUGUCGGAUAAGAGCAACGAAAGGUUUUGGAGAGUUUUCGAUGGUCCGAAAAGGGAAGCAUUCCCGUGGAAUGAUACCAUGUUGUCGUGGCAACGCACGACGUUUCAUUUCCAGCCUGAAAACCAUUGGAUGAACGAUCCUAAUGGUCCGUUGUUCUAUAAGGGAUGGUACCACUUCUUCUACCAACACAACCCAAAUGGAACCGUAUGGGGUGACAUUGUUUGGGGUCACGCCGUGUCAAAGGACCUUAUUCACUGGCUUCACCUCCCAAUAGCCAUGGUUCCUGACCAAUGGUACGACGUUAAUGGCGUUUUGACCGGUUCAGCCACUUUUCUAGAUGAUGGCUCCAUUGUCAUGCUCUACACUGGUAUCACUGACAAAUUUGUACAGGUUCAAAACCUUGCUUACCCUGAGGACCCUAGCGACCCUCUUCUUUUGAAAUGGGUUAAGUUCUCCGGCAACCCGAUUCUCCUACCGCCUCUAGGUAUUGGUGCAAAGGACUUCCGCGACCCUACAACGGCGUGGAAGACAUCGGCCGGAAAAUGGCGGAUCACCAUAGGCUCCAAAAUCAAUAGAACUGGAGUGUCUCUUGUUUACGACACAACAGAUUUCAAAACCUACGAGCUACUUGAUACCUUGCUGCACCAAGUCUCCAACACUGGAGAGUGGGAGUGUGUUGACUUUUACCCGGUGUCGAAGACUAAAGUCAUUGGGCUUGACACUUCAGUCAAGGGACCAGACGUGAAGCAUGUUGUGAAGGCUAGCAUGGACGAUACUAGAAUGGACCUUUAUGCCAUUGGAACAUAUGUUGAUGCAAACGGUACAUGGUUCCCAGAUAAUCCUUCUAUUGAUGUCGGAAUUAGUACCGGUUUGAGAUACGAUUACGGGACAUAUUAUGCAUCAAAGACCUUUUACGAUGGAAAUAAGGGACGCAGAAUCUUAUGGGGUUUCACCAUUGAAUCUGACAGUGUAUAUGCUGAUGUACAGAAGGGUUGGGCUUCUGUUCAGGCCAUUCCAAGAACUGUUGUUUUGGACACGAAAACAGGGAAUAACCUAAUCCUAUGGCCUGUGGAGGAAAUCGAAUCACUAAGACUCAACAGCAAGAAAUACCACAUGACGGUUGGACCAGGGACGGUGAUCCCGGUUGAUGUUGGUUCUGCGUCUCAGCUAGAUAUAGAGGCUGAGUUCACGAUCAUGAAGGACGAUCUCGAAAUAAUCCUCGGAGACGACCCCGUGGUGGCCGACGGCAAGGAUUAUAGCUGCGAAACCAAUGGAGGUUCCACCGUGCGUGGGGCUUUAGGACCUUUCGGAUUCUCUGUUCUCGCUGACCAAACCUUGUCUGAACACACUCCGGUUUACUUCUAUGUGACUAAGGGAAAAGAUUCAAAACUCAAGACUUUCUUCUGCACUGACAACUUAAGGUCGAGCAUGGCAAACGAUGUAGUGAAAUCAGUCUAUGGGAGCUUAGUACCGGUCCUAAAAGGAGAGAAAUUGACUAUGAGAAUAUUGGUGGAUCAUUCGAUAAUAGAAGGAUUCGGACAAGGUGGAAGAACAUGUAUUACCUCAAGAGCAUAUCCCACAAAAGCCAUCUACGGAGCUACAAAGCUCUUCUUGUUCAAUAACGCCAUUGAUGCGAACGUUACGGCGUCGUUUAAGGUUUGGCAAAUGAACAGUGCUUUUAUUCAUCCUUACUCUGAAGACGAUCUUUGAUGUUCCUUCUUCUAGCAAAUGAUUAUUUACAAAUAAGUAGGGAAUUAAUUUUUCUCUUCU